AUGGUCGUCGUGAGGCGGAUCUCGCAGCGCGAUCGCUCACGUGAGCGCGGGCGCUCGCUGGAGAGGUCGCCACGGCGGCCUGAGCGAUCGCCGCGGAGGCCGGCCUUUCGCGCGGAUCAGGUCUCUCUCGCGCCAGAUCGCCAGGAGGGAGGGUCCGCCCGAGAAGGAAGAGGCGGAUCCGGAUCCGUCACGACAGGGAGUGACCCGUGGCGGACGGACGGGCUUCACGGAGCGGAUGGCGGUCGUGGGAACCGCCAGGACACGGGAGCAUACUGCUCGCCGGAAGAAGGCUAUCGCCGUCGCGAAGAGAGAGGUCGCGGGCGAGGUCUGGAGGGGCUCUUCUCGGGUCGCCAAGGCGAUCUUGAUGUGGAUGGAGAAGACGAGGCCGACUCGGCGAAUCGAGUGCGGGAGACUAAUCGUGAAGGCGAGACCGAGGGUGAUGACGAACCCCAGGAGGAAGGCGCUGCCGAGCAGCGCGAGAGGCCCGCUGGAGCUGAUGACGAUGAUCCCGCGCAGGCGGGCGUGGCGACGGAGCCGAGUACGGCGGAGGCGGAAGAAAAGGGCGGUACUACCCGAGACCUGCCGCGCGACGAAGAGAAAGGUGACGGCGGGGGGCAUGGCAGUGGCGCGCACUCUCCGGAGCCCCGUCAGCAGCGUGUCGAGGGACGUGGCGAUGGCGCGCGUCUGCCUUAUCCGCGCCUGAAGCAGGACGGAGGGCGUGGCGGCGGCGCGCGCUCUCCAGAUCCGCGUCAGCAGCGUGGCGAGGGACGAGGCACAGAGGCGGGUACCGCUCGCCAGGGCUACGGCGACACCAGGAGAGUGGACGCAGGGAAAGUGUGCGCUCACCAGAUCCGCGGAGGUAUCACAACUGGAGAAGCGGAGGGGAGCGGCGCUCUCCAGGUCCUCGUUACCCUCGUGAUGAGAGACGCGGAGGCGACUACCGCUCGCCGGAUCUGCAACGGUAUCAUGAAGAGAGGUGGGGAAGCGAGACGCGCUCGCCCGACUGGUACCGGCAACAUGAAGAAGGCCGGGGUGGCGGAUACGGCUCGCAGCUGCAGCAACAGAGCAAGGAUGAGGGGCACGGUGGAGGGUGCCGCUCACCUGAUCGGUACUGGCAGCAUGACGGAAGACGUGCCAGUGAGGGAGGACGGGAUCGACGUAACAGCAGAGAGGAAGGCAGCGGGCUGA